CGGAUGCGCACGUCCUGUUCGGAUUAUUUCUCUGCACGCAUACCAAAAACAGUUGUUUAAACCUUUCUGGACUGACAACAGCAUGGCGGUGUGGCAUGUUUUUGUAGUCGUCGUGGCGUUAGUUCCAGGGUUGCCAACGGAGAAGCCACCUCGCGGUGAUACAACGGGUUGGAAAUGGACAAAGGAAAAGCCUGACCACGACGGAUGCCUCGGGGGCACGCGAAAGCACGCCUACAUUGAGAGACGUUUCCACGAGGUUUUUGCUGUACACCAAAUGCACGCAAGUACAUUAUGCGCUGGUGGAGUAGUGUACAACAAGGACACCGAGCGCAGCCCUUGUGUUAUGGAAAAGGUUCUCUGUGAAAUUAGCGGGUGCAAUAUUUCGGGAAUGGUCCCAAAGAAAUGCGCAGAAGUGGUUUCUUCCAAAACUUACUGUCGUCAAGUCUAUGAUGAGUUCGAGAUAGCCUGGCACGACGGAACGCCUGACAGCGUUGUUUUGCCUGUGGCCUGCGUCUGUACAGAAUUUAAGAAGUAAUACGCAUCACUCCAAAAGCAAAGCGGGUGAAGACGCAAAAAGAACUUCAACGAAUGAAAUAUUAAUGUUGCCCGACAUAUAUAUAUAAACUUUUAGCAAAUUGCA